GUCUGGUCUCCGAGACGACGGAGACGCUUUACGCCUGCGACAGGUACCUGGUGCAGCCUCUGGUAGAUUGACAGGAUGCCCAAGAAAAAGAAGAAGGCAGUUGCCGAGUCAAGUGUAUCUGAAGCCGAGGAAUCGGGCCUAGAUCCUGAUGAAAAAGAGGCCAUCUUGAAAAAGGAGUAUGAACAGCUGUCAGAACACCUGGAAGAACUGAAACUGAAAGCAGAAAAUCUGCGGCAUGAAAAUGAAUUUCUUCAGGAAGAGGUUCGACAGACACAACUGGAGAAUCAAGAGUGUGCGUCAUACAUGUCAAAGAGCACACAGAAGCGUCAGAACAUCAUCAUCACCCUCAGCGAUCAAAACCAACAGCAGAUGAUGGAAAUCCAGAAGAAAACUGAAGAGAUUCAGGCGCAGUUCAUGGAGGCAAGAGAUGACUUGGCGAGUAAGAUUCUGCAGAAGGAGAAUGAACUGGCCAAACUCACAAAAGAAAUCGAGGCCCUGCGCGAGUUUAAGCUCCUCCAGCAGGAACAGUUGUCUCGAAUUGCGGAGCUGGAGAAGGAGGUGAUGCAGAUGAGAGGCCAACACUGCCAGAGGCUGCUGGAUGUCAAAGCUCGCUGCCUGCAAGAAAAAGCAAGUCGUGAGGAAGCGGCCAAGCAGCAGGUGCAAGCCUUAGUCGUGGCGGCUAACAAGGAGGCAUCACGCUGCUUACAGGAGCACACUCAGAACAUCGUCCUGGAGAACCGUCGCCUGCGGCAGGAACUGUUGGAGCUGAUCCGCCGAGCUGAGAUUCUCCGCGCCCAGCAGGUAAAGCUUCAGGCACAGAAGCAGCUUCUGCUCAAUGAGCGGAAGUACGCUGAGGAUCUGAGGCGACUUCGACGCAGACAGAAGGACUGAGGUGCGCUUCUAGGUGACUGCCAUGACAUUGCUUUACUGUGAUGGGAAAAAGUAAGCUCCUACAACAAUGCCAGCAAUAAAAACCCUGCAGUUUUUCCUUUCACUUUAACAUAAACCAAGCAUGUAAAAAAACACCCCAUUGUGUUUGGAAAUUGGCAAUAAACAAACA